GCAAAACAACCCCCUCGCUCCAUUCCUUUAAUUAAGCUUUCUUCAUUUGCCUGCAACUGAUCAUAUUGGAACUCUUUCUGGGUUGUUCCAUCUCUGAUGGGCGCGCACGCAGCUCUACUUGUGCGCGCGCCAACCCCUUCGCCAUUGCCCAUUGCGCUUAUACUAAUCCUCGUAUCGAUCACUUCUUCUGAGGCCGUCUCCGACGCUGACAUUCUCCUGAAGUUCCGGGUGUCUCUAGGCAAUGCCACUGCCCUGGGCGACUGGAAUACCUCCAGGAGUGUGUGCUCCACCGACCAGACCGAGAGUUGGAACGGUGUGCGCUGUUGGAAUGGCAGCGUGUGGGGUCUGCGCCUGGAAGGCUUGGGGCUCAAUGGUGCUAUAGAUUUGGAUUCUUUGUCCUCCUUAAGGUAUUUGAGGACUAUAAGCUUUAUGAACAAUAGUUUUGAAGGUCCCUUGCCUGAAAUCAAGAAACUAGUAGCGUUGAAGUCGGUUUAUCUCUCCAACAACCAUUUUUCUGGUGACAUCCCAGAUGAUGCUUUCUCUGGUAUGGCCUAUCUGAAGAAAGUUCACUUGGCGAACAACAAGUUUACGGGGAAAAUCCCUUCGUCGCUAGCCACUUUGCCUAGGCUUUUAGUCCUCAGGCUUGAUGGGAACAAGUUUGAAGGCCAAAUCCCAGACUUCCAACAAAAGCAUUUGGCAAAUGUGAACAUAUCCAACAACAUGUUGGGGGGUCCAAUCCCAGCUAGCCUGAGCAGGAUCAGUUCUAGCUCGUUUUCGGGCAACAAAGAUCUAUGCGGGAAGCCUCUGGACUCAUGCAGCUCCAAGAAGCCAUCAGCAGUAAUAGUGGCCUUAAUUGUGGUAGCCAUAGCGCUGAUCCUAGUGACCAUUGGCUUGCUACUGCUUGUCCUCCACCGCAACAUCCGGACAGUCCAACUGGGGGGUGCUGCACCAGUGGACAACCACAGCAUGUCGGAAGUUGCCCAUAGCUCCCUAGUUGAAUGUGGGACAUCUGAGAUGAGCGGGCACUCGAAGAGGGCUGAACAAGGGAAGUUGACAUUUGUGAGGGACGACAGGGAGAGGUUUGAUUUGCAGGAUUUGUUAAGAGCCUCAGCAGAAGUGUUGGGAAGUGGCAACUUUGGGUCUUCUUACAAGGCUGUGCUCCUCAGUGGUGAAGCCAUGGUGGCAAAGAGGUACAAGCAAAUGAACAAUGUGGGGAGAGAGGAGUUUCAAGAGCAUAUGAGAAGGCUAGGGAGGUUGGCACAUCCAAACUUGCUUCCCCUUGUGGCUUAUUACUACAGAAAAGAAGAGAAGCUCUUGGUUUCUGAGUAUGUUGAGAAUGGUAGCUUGGCUAGUCACCUCCAUGGCAAUCAUUCCAUAGAUCAACCGGGGCUCAACUGGCCAACACGCUUGAGAAUCAUCAAGGGAGUAGCUAAGGGCUUGGCUUACCUCUACAAUGAGCUCCCCAGCCUAAUUGUAGCCCAUGGACACCUGAAAUCCUCCAAUGUUCUCCUAGAUGAAUCGUUCAACCCUGUUUUGACAGACUACGCCCUACUUCCAGUGAUCAACCCCGAGCACGCCAGGCAGCUCAUGGUAGCCUACAAGUCACCAGAGUUCGCGCAACAUAGCCGCACAACAAAGAAGACCGAUGUGUGGGGCCUUGGAAUACUAAUCCUAGAAAUCCUAACAGGAAAGUUCCCAACAAACUACCUCACAGUAGGUAACAACAGCGAAGAAGGCAUCACUUGGGUUAACUCCAUAGCGAAUCAGGAGUGGAUGAUGGAAGUGUUCGACAAAGAAAUGGGAGGAACGGAGAACAGCAAAGGUGAAAUGCUGAAGCUUCUGAAGAUUGGGUUGGCAUGUUGUGAGGAGGAUGUGGAGAGAAGGUGGGACUUGAAGGAGGCCAUCAAGCAUAUUGAAGAGCUAGAAGUAACAGACGGUACUAAUGAUGAAGGAGAUGAGUUUCCGUCCAUAGCUAUGACUGAAGAUAUGAGCACUAUUACACUCUGAAAAAGAAAAGAAAAGAAAAAGGCAUGGAUUGAUAACUUCCCUAUAUAUUGAAGAAGAAGAAGAAGAAGAAGAAGAAGAAGAAGAAGAAGAAGAAGAAGAAGAAGAAGAAGAAGAAGAAGAAGAAAAAGAACAAGAACAAGAAGACUAAGAUGAAGGCCAAUGAAUGGAAAUGGUGUGUUGAUGGCUUUAGGGUUUUUAUCUCCAUAUAGAAUG